AUGGCGAACAUGACAGAUAGGAUGUCUGGUGCGGAGUACCUAGCCUCCAUUUACGGUACAGAAAAAGAUAAGGUCAAUUGCUCAUUUUUCUUCAAAAUUGGUGCAUGCAGACACGGAGACAAAUGUUCGCGUACUCACAUCAUUCCGACUUUUUCACAAACAGUUCUUUUGAAGAAUUUGUAUCACAACCCUGUCAUUGAUAUGCGCCAGGCCGAUGCCUGCACUAAGGUUGGCAUGAUGAACAAAGAUGAACAACAGUACUUUGAUGAGUUUUUCGAAGAAAUCUUCACGGAAGUUAAUGACAAGUAUGGGGAAAUCGAAGAGAUGGAGGUUUGCGAUAACAUUGGUGAACACAUGAUUGGCAAUGUUUAUGUGAAGUUUGCUAGGGAAGAAGAUGCAGAAAAAUGUGUAAAAGCUUUGGAUAAUAGAUGGUUCAACGGACAAGCAAUCUAUGCUGAAUUAUCACCUGUUACUGAUUUUCGAGAAGCGUGUUGCCGUCAGUACGAACUUGGUGGCUGCAAUAAGGGUGCGUUCUGCAACUUCAUGCACUUGAAACCAAUCUCCAGUGAUCUUCGUCGUAAACUCUACAAGGGACGCAAAAGAAGCCCUCCAAGAUACCACGGUGGAAGAGACAGAGAUCGUGAGAUGCGUGGAGGUCGUGGAGGCCGUGGUGACUUCGGAGGCGGUCGAGAUUUUGGAGGUGGUCGUGACUUCGGUGGAGGCAGCUUUGGUGGAGGUGGAAGAAGAAGGAGUCGCAGUCCUCUGCAGCAGGGUCUUCGGUGUUGCACCUUUGCGCAACCCUAUCAAAAUAUGGUGCAAGCUUUAUACGGGUUACACUGCUCCAAUUACGGGCAGGCAUCAUUUCUUCUCAACGAAUUUCGACUAGAAGGAAAGGAAAAUUUAAUGGUAGUAGCCGAUUUUGACUAUACAUUGACUCUGCGGCGUGGAGAUAAUGGCGAGCAGGGAUGCUUGACUCAUGAGGUAUUUGACGUUAGUAAAGAAGUCAAAAGCACUGGAUGUUCCUUAGGAGUUCUGCAACAUAGAAUGAACGCCAAUUACGAAACGGCGCUGUCCAAUUGUACAACAGAGGAGGAGCGAGCGUAUGUGCAAACUGGAUGGCGAAAAUUGAGGAAAAGUAUGCGCCAAUUCCUUUAUCUACUCGAAGAGCUGUCAAUACCGUUGUUAAUUUUUUCUGCUGGUAUAACCGAUAUAAUUGAGGAGGCUAUUCGACAAUUAUUAGGCCACAUUCCCAGUAAUAUAACGAUAGCAGCAAACAAAAUGUUUUUCGACGAGGUCGGUUAUGUUACCGCCUUCACCUGUCCGCCUGUUCAUUCGCUGAGUAAAACUAUGGCUCAUUUACGUGAUCUCAUUCAUGGCGUAGAUAGGAUGUUUUCAAGAAGGAGUAAUGUGAUAGUGAUAGGUGAAUCGGACGCCUUUAUGGUGGACGGAUGGCAAGAGAAGAAAUUGUUGAGAAUAGGGUUAUCGGAAGAAGAGGUCAGUGUUUUUUUUUUUGAUGGGCAUUAA